UUCAACGUAGGUGUGGGUCACCAGUCGCUCGCAUGCAUCAUCCUCCUCUCGCUGCGGGCGAUGUCCAUGCCGGGCGACAGGAAUGUCCACUGCAGGGAAGUAUCGGAGCUGCAGGCGUCCGCCAAGAAGUGCAAAGUGGCAAAUGAAUCCGUCAAGCUAUACCGAGAAAAAAACGAUUUGGAAUGCGGCACUACAAUGAACGAAGGAGAGUUCAUGCACUUCCUUAACUCUUACAAUGCCAGCAGAUUAUUUAGAAAAAAGACCUAUUGCUUUGCGAAUGUAUUCACCACAUUUCUACAAUUUGCUGAACGCAUCAAGAGAACGUCUUUGUUCGCUGUCCAAGAGAGGAAUCAACUCAGAAGCACGAGGAACCAGACAAGGAGAAAAGACAGCCAAAUGCCAUCUACAAGGAAUUCUAUAAACAAGUUCUCCCAUUCCGAGGUGAAAAACUAUUUCCUCGGGUGCCUUGCAACAGCGAGUAAAAGUCCAAUCUUGAAUUGCGAUCUUGAGAAUAGCCCCUGACACCAAUAACAUUGAAGCACAAUGGUAUCAUGGAUCUGCAUCUAUUCUGAUAUAUUUUCCAGUGAUUAUUUGUCCCAGGAGCUUUUAAAAAACUACAAAAACACUUUUGUAUGUGUCCUGAUAGGGGAUCUUUUAAUUCCUGAGGGCCAAGUAAUGUAUUAUUGUUGUUGUGAUGAUGCUUGUUUACCCAGGAAAGCCUCACCGAGUCUCAAGACUCCGAGUCUCAAUACUCGGUGAGGAGGCUAUGUUGCCGUGUGUAAUCCCAAAUGAAUAAUUUGCAGGUAAUUUUGCAAUAUAUUGAUUUUUUUGACAAUACCAGUUGUUUAUAUACAUGGGAAAAAAACUGGAGAACCCAGAGGAAACCCAUACAGAACAGUGAGAACAUACACACCCAUGCCUUUCUUGCUGUGAGGCACAAGUGUUAACCACUGUGCCACCCUGCUACCAAACUUAGAAAUACCUUUGGCGGGCGAGGCAUUAACUCGCACCUUACCGUUAUCCCAAAUCAAUGAAAGAAAACCAUCGCUUACCUUUACCGCAAUCAUGCGAUGCAUGCACACUAGCUCUGUUCUCAGAACUACUUGAAAGACAACUAUUGUUGUGCUUGCUAAUAUUAGAGGCACCAGUCAGAGUUGCACCCCUAAUUUGGAAGUUCCCAGGUAGAUUACAGAGAUUACAGAUUUCCCACAACUCUGAUUAGCGCGUUCGGCUAUGCACUUUACGAAAAAAGCUCAACAAACAUACAACAAUCAAGAGGGCUGUAGUAUUACUGCCCUGCAGCACACAAUAUCACUUUGGCCUCCACCCAAGUUCACCCUCCUUGGCAGUGUAUAUCACGGUUAUAGUGGUCCCUCACACAACACAGCUCUAUUGCCAUCUUCCAGCCCCACAGCUGGAGCCAGGCUUGGUAGAGAUUACAUGUACUAAGUGGUUUGAUGGUGUUUUCACAGAUGAGCCAGUUUACAUAAGCUAAUCGCUUUGAUUUUAGCAGCUGAUCGCUCAUUAAUGUAUGCAGGACAUUACCAAUUACAAAAAAACCCAUUCACACUGUAGCCCUUUUUACAUUCAGGGAAACAAAUUAUUUUUACCCUUUGGUUCUUUAUGUGGAACCGAUUUGACUUAACCGUACACCCUGGGUCAACAAACUAAACACAAAAGGCAAUUGUAAAGAAAUUCGUUCUCCUUUUUUUUACUCCUGAUGACGAUUGCUUGUGUUGCGAUCGAAACGUCGUAGUUUUUUUUGUUCUACGUGACUUUACCGAAAGACCGAAAGAAUAUAAAUGAUUUUAAACCUAUAUUUACAAGUGCAUAGCUCACGCGGCUUCCUAAUAUCAGAAGAGAAUUCCCGACUGCCGCAGAAGCGCAUCUGAAAGUGCGCAAUGCAGUGACCUUCUUUGUUCGAUGGCGAGCCAAAAGCCGCCACUGCAAGGAUGACUGGUAUUCGUGUGAUCAAAGAGUACUCUCAAAGAGUGAGUGGUGUGUGCAGUCAUUUGUGGCUUGGCUGAGACUAUCAACUCGCUACAAUUGAGAACCAUCUUUAAUCACAGGUGGUAGCCUGAAACUCAAUCGUGCCAGCUCAGCUCUUUCAGUUACGUGGCUACUUCCUUGACAAGUACAUUGUAUUCUUAACAAGUAAUAGAUUUUUGCAGCGAAUGUUACAGAUCAUAAGGUAAUUUUUGGGUUAGGUCAUGUAAUGAUCUGGCCAAAUCUGUGUCGUUUAGACCCUCUCCACCACCUGGCAGAGCCCAACAAAUGAGUGUCAUACAACCAAUUAGUGAUGCACCAAUUAUUAUUUAGCCCACUGGCAAGUUGAUGAGCAAUUCUCACAAAUUCAGCGAUUAGAUACAAUUUAUUCUAUUUAAGGGUGGCUUCUGAGAACGUGGCAAUGCAUGAUGCCUUAUUUUUUUAUGUGAAGUUGAAAACUAUUUCAUGAUAACUGUGCACGACCAGUUGAUCCACGUGUUUGCAGCAACCUUGGAACUUUAGGAUGACUCAUGGUCUCAUGCACAUAUUACACAUUUUGGAAUUUUUUAUUUAAUUUUAAUACCUUGGUAUUAAAGGAACCUCUAUCAUCAGGGAUUAAUGCAGGAUUUCUUAUUUUGCGAGACCAAUAUAUAUUUACAGAUAAUUGUGAUAUUUAUUACCUUUAUUUAUAUAUAAGUUAUUUAACUACACUAUGCACUGUAUUGCACUGGCAUACAUAUAUGCAUUUGAUAAACAUUAAGAUGACCAUGCGUCGCUUGAUAUAUCUUUAUCACUGGAAUGUGGGUGCACAGAUGUUAAAUAUAUGUAAUGUUAUAUUUAAUAAUAACUUUAUAGACUGGGGAUUACAAACUUUAUUUAAUUAAAUUAUUACUCGGGUUUUUUUACUUUUUGGUAAUACAGUAUGUUUU